AUGGGAGGAAGAAAAGUGAAGAAAGAGAAGAACAACAUAAAAAACAAAUAAAAGAGAAAGAGAGAGAAAUACGAGAAGAGAUGAGACGAGAACGAGAGACAUCUAGACAUGAAAUGGUGGAAUUAAUGCAAGAAAAAGAGAAAAUAAAAAAAGAAAUAGAAAAACUUCAGAUCAAAUACGACACAGAAACAGACAGACUGAUGAACAGAAUAGAGAAUGAGAGGAAGAAAAGAGAAGAUGAGAUUAAUGAGAGAGAAGAACGAUACAAAAUAUUAAUGAAAGAUCUUCAAUCUAAACAUGAAGAAGAAGACGAAAAGAUGAAGAUCCUGAUGGAGAAACUGAACAGAGAAAGAGAAGAACUGAUGAAGAAACAUGAAGAAGAGAAAGAGAGAAUGAAGAUGACGAUGGAGGAAGAACGACAGAAUCAUGACAAAGAGAGAAAGAGAAGAGAAGAAGAACUCAAAAGAGAAAUAAGAGAAGAAGAGAAACAUCAGAGAGAGAUACGAGAUGAGAUGAGACGAGAACGAGAGACUUUUAAACAUGAAAUAGAGGAAAUGAAGGAAGAAAAAGAGAAUGUGAAGAGAGAAAAGGAAAAACUUCAGAUAGAAAUAGACAGACUGAUGAACAGAAUAGAAAAUGAAAGACAGAAUCAUGAAACAGAGAGAAAGAAAAGAGAUGCGAGAGAAGAGCGAUAUAAAACACUAAUGAAAGAGAAAGAAGAGAGUGAGAAAAAGAUUUGUGAGGAAAUCAAGAGAGAACGAGAGACAUUUAAACAUGAAAAGGAGAAAAUAAAAACAGAAAAAGACCAUCUUCAGAUGGAAAUAGACAGAAUUAUGAACAGAAUAGAGCAUGAAAAACAGAAUCAUGAAACUGAAAGAAAGAGAAGAGAAGAAGUGUUUAAUGAGAGAGAAGAACGAUAUAAAAAAGAAAUAAAAAAGAGAGAAGAACUGAUUAGUAAACUUGAAGAAGAGAAGGAGAGACUGAAGAUGACGAUGGAGGAAGAACGACAGAAUCAUGAUGAAGAGAGAAAGAGAAGAGAAGAAGAAUUCAGAGAGAGAGAGGAACGAUAUAAGAGAAUAAUUAAAGACAGAGAGGAAAGAGAGAAUGAAAUGAUUGAACAGAUGAAACUGGAAAGAAUGCAGUGGGAGAAACAGAAACAAGAGGAAAGACAGAAAAGAGAAGAAGAAACAAGAAGAAGAACAGAAAUCUGAACAAAGUCCAGUUAGUGAUCAGAGGAAGAGUAAGUUGAACUUUAAAUUCUGUGAAACAUAAAUCAUAUUCACAUUCA